CACUAGCUCGUUCCCCUCGCCUGCUGCGUGCGAAGGAGCGAGAGAGGAAGGACGGCUCGCGGCAAAGCAACAAGGAGGAAGAGCAAUGGCGACACUGGCUCGCCUCAUACCGAGUCCGGAUAGCUUCCUCAGCGAGCCUUGGUCUUCAUUCGUCGGUGCGGCUCAACUGCGUCUCAUUGACGACUCGCUUUCGGAGAAGUGCCACGGAGAGCUUUGUGCUGUCAAUGAAGAAGAGUCGUGAGGAAAUCAUUGAUUGGCCGCUUUGUGUGAUGACGCUGCUUCUCGCUGCCGUCCUCAGGGAUGCUCCACCGCCGUCUGUUUCCAGUGCUGGAGGACUUUCAUCUCGUUGUCUGCCAUGUCUGCAAUCAGGUGGUCACCCCUCGGGGCUUCCUCACACACUACGGUAGUUGGGGUUUAGUUUCCCAGUGAGACAGAGAGGAAGAAUCCUGGACCGCACCCCUCCCCUUCCAUCCCCUCCCCACUCUGCUCCCACAAAGACAUGCAUAGCAAGAACCAGAAGCGCCACAGCUCUCCCGUCCCUUCGAGGAACCCGCUGGUUCUCAUGAAGGCCAAAGCCCCCGCCGUGGCUGGCGGUCCCGGGGACGGCCUCCCCUUCCGGAUCCCCAAAGACUACCCUCACUCGCGCUUCAGCAAAGCACCACUCGCCGUCUAUCCUCCGAAGGGAAUUCGGAACAAACCAUGCGUCUCUCUUCCGGUCGUGAGCUUGGAGAAGAUGCCGUGCCUCAGCCGAGCAAACUCCACCUCACAAGUCCGCCUCGCCGCCCCCUCGUCCUCACCCUCUUCGUCCCCCCUCAAACACCCGCUGCCCUCUCCCACCGCAUUCCCUAAUGAGAAGAUGCGCAACGGCGGGCCGUCCACGCCGCGCUCCUCGCCGUCGCCUCUAGACGGGCGCCCCGGCCCGGCGCGCUCCCCUCUCGACCGCCGGCCGGCUUCCUCGUCGUGCCCCUCCCCCUCUCCCGCUCACAGGCCGCCGGCUCAGCUGUCAUCGUCGUCACCUUCAGAGAAGAAGAAUCAAAAUGGCACCAAGGCUUUUUCUUCCAGACUCUCAGGAAGAGUAUUUGACCCGAAUAAGCACUGUGGCGUCCAGGACCCUGAGACCAAACAGCCGUGCACACGUUCCCUCACCUGCAAGACUCACUCCCUAACCCACCGCCGAGCCGUUCCCGGCAGGAGGAAACAUUUCGAUGUCCUCCUGGCCGAACACAGAGGCAGAACCAAGGAGAAGGACAAGAACGGCUGCAGCCCAAGUGUCACCUCGCAAGACGUCGCUUCUCCCAGCAAGCCGCACUGCCCGAACGGACGCCCUCUGUCCACGCUGAAAUUAAAACUGGCAAACGCACACAUCCCCAGGGUUCCAGGCACCGCCACUUCCAUGCCUCAGACUCCACCGCCAGCAACCUUUCCUGCCCCAGCAACCGUCCUACCCUCCCACCCGGAGCUUUCACCUCAGCCUUGGACGACUACAUCCAGCGGGGAUGGUGAUCGUCUCUCCAGCGACGAAGGCGACGCACCGACUCCCGAGGAUGCGCACGGACCCGCCAUUCACUUCUCGAACCACCACCCUCAACCUUCCGGGGUUUGCAUAUUCAGCAGCAGGCUGAUGGGACGAGGCCACUACGUGUUUGACCGGCGGUGGGACAGGAUGAGGGUGGCGCUCCAGAACAUGGUGGAGAAGCACCUCAAUUCACAAAUGUGGAGAAAGGUUCCUCCAGCUGCUGAGAGCCUGCCCACCCUUUCGCCCUCCGGCACAUCCCAACAAGCGCCCCCUCCUUCUCCCGCGUCGGACACUUCCUCCCUUUUUACCGCUCCGUCCGGUCCCUCCUUCCCUCAUGCCGCGUCAUCACCCGGAGCUUUGACUUUCAGAGAUGCCCCUCAGCCUCAUGCCACUCUGGGCGCACCCCGCCACAGCGCGCACAGGGCCAGCCGCCCCACCAAAGAGAGAGAGGACUCUGUAGCGGAAGCAAGGAGGAAAAACUCUUCCUACGCCUGCUCCUUUCGGAACGGGACCAGCCCUCACGGAGUAUCGGCGGGGCCGGGUGCUAAAAAGGGACACGGUCGGGCGGGGAACGGACUUUGGGGCUACAGCGGCCACUGGCUAACGAAUGCUGACGGCACUCAAGGCCAGAACUCAAAUAACAGUGAUCUUGGCAGCACCAAUAUAUCCUACUCAUCCAGCAGGGAGCUGGCAGCCGCUCCCUCCCCCGGAGCCUUGAAUUACGGGCAAAAAGCAGAGGGGAGGAAGAGGAAGAGUGCCGGCGCUCACGAAGGGAAGACCGGCAACAAGGUGAACCGGCUGGGAGCUGCCGACGGCUUCUUUGGGAACCGGAACGACGGCGAGUCCCAAAGACAGGCCAAGUUGCAUCACUGACACCUGUUUGGUAGAAUGUCGGGUAAUGACCCUCACCACUCAUACCCCCUCGCCCUCUCACCCCCUCCCCUCACUGACAGACCCUAUGGGAGCGACGUCUCCCCAUUUAGUUCCGUUCCGGGCCCCACGUUCUGGUCUGCUUUUCACUCUCCGGUCCCGACCUUGGAGGACGUAGACAGGAAAAAACGGAGACGGCGGAGUCCAAAAUGUUCAUGAGGAAUUAUUUUUUUUUCUUCCAUUUUUCUAGUCUGGUCAGCUAACAAGGAACUCCUAUAGGACUGGCACGUCAGCUUCGACAAUUUUUUUUUCUUGCUGUGAUGUUUGCUUGACUGCAAACUUUCUCGGUUGGGUUCUAACCAGCUUUCUUGGCCCUCCCUCCCUCCUCUUUUUUUUUUUACUCCCCAUUUUAUAUCAAGCCGCUUUUUACGCGGACUCUCCUCGCGGUCUUUUGUCCCGUGUGCAUUGUGUACACCCAGCAUGGCUGUGUUUAAAGUGCUCUUACUGCCCUCGUCCUCCCUCGCAGCAGCUUCCAGCAGUGCCACCCUAGGGCCCCCUUCACAUUAAAAAAACAUCUAUAUUUACAUGAAAAAAAAAAAGUAACCAUUGAUGCCGUUCAAUGCAUCGUAUUU